UCCGUGACCGCGUCCAACAUUUCAUCAUUCUUCAUCCCUAAAAUGCAAUGCGAAGGGUAGUAGUGACUGGCUUAGGGCUUGUGACACCCCUGGGACUAGGUGUCCGCCGAACAUGGACGCGACUCAUCGAGGGACAAUGCGGUGUCGUAUCCAUUAAAGACAGAAGUCCUGGCUUCGGACUGUUACCGAGUCAAGUCGCUGCUUUGGUUCCGACUGGUGAGAAGAAAGAUGGCAUGUGGAAUGUGAAAGAGCAUCUAAGCCCAGGGGAUGAACGUCGUAUGGCACGUUUCGCUCAAUAUGCUAUGGUCGCAUCUGAAGAAGCAUUGCAUGACGCGAAUUGGCUACCAAAGAAGGACGAAGAUUUAGAAGUCACGGGCGUCUACAUGGGAUCAGGUAUCGGUAGCUUAGAUGAUGUAUACGACACCACACUUGCUUAUGAAAAGGGAGGCUACCGAAAGGUAUCUCCACUCUUCGUCCCGCGAUUGUUAAUCAACCUUGCCGCCGGUCACGUCUCGAUGCGCUAUGGCUUCAAGGGACCGAACCAUGCGGCAACUACAGCAUGCACGACUGGAGCCCACAGUAUCGGAGACGCUUCACGGCUGAUCCAAUUUGGUGACGCGGAUGUUAUGCUUGCUGGAGGCGCCGAGUCAUGCAUUCACCCACUAGCUAUCUCAGGCUUCGCGAGAGCUAGGAGUCUAUCAACGGAGAGGAACGAUCGGCCUACAGAGGCGAGCCGACCUUUCGACAGAGAUAGAGAUGGCUUUGUCAUUGGCGAAGGAGCUGGCGUCGUGGUUUUAGAGGAACUUGAGCACGCGAAGAAGCGAGGGGCAAAGAUUUACGCCGAAGUUGCUGGCUACGGUCUCUCUAGCGACGCAUACCACAUGACAGCACCUAGAGAAGACGGCCAAGGGCCACGCCUUGCUAUGAAGCACGCGUUGCGACAUUCUGGCCUCAAGCCAAGUGCUGUUGACUACAUCAACGCUCAUGCCACCAGUACGCCCCUUGGUGACGCUGCGGAGAAUAGAGCGAUCAAAGAGCUUCUACUCGGUCAGGAAGGCAAGAACAAGGCGUCUGAGAUCAAUGUUAGUAGUACCAAAGGUGCGAUUGGACAUCUCCUAGGCGCUGCAGGCAGCGUUGAGGCGAUCUUCUCUGUGCUGGCGAUCCACCAUAACGUUCUUCCACCAACCCUUAACCUCGACUCUCCGGGCGACCCACCAGAGGACUUUGACUGCAACUAUAUCGCCAAAGCUGCACAGCAGAAGGAAGUCAGUGUCGCGCUGUCAAACAGUUUCGGGUUCGGGGGCACAAAUGCCUCGCUUUGCUUCCGUAGAAUGUAAGCCGACGUUAAAAUGCCUGUACAAACACUAUUGAAGACGCGUUUCCGUUAGGCGUGCGUAUUGAGAGAAGGUGCCAAUGGCUCGCUGUCAUCUAUUAUCAGGACGCCAAACUACCCCGCUAGAGGUUCGAGAUAACAACUGCUAGCCCCACUACGCG